AUGGCUAAAUUUCCAACUAGUCAAGUUGAACACAUUUAUUAUAGAUCCUCUUCUAAUCAUCAUCUAUUGGUGUGCAAUAUGAAACGUGGUGAAAGGUUCAAGAAAAAGAGAUUCUUUUUUGAUAGAAGAUGGGUCGGGAUGGAGGGGAUUAAUGAUGUAGUGGAGGAAGCUUGGAUGAGAUACGUGUCAGAGUCCACACUAAAGAUAGAGAUGGAUCGGCCCGCGUACGAAAAAGUCAAGAUGGCCCACAAAUUCUAUUGGAAUAACAACAAUAUUCCAAACCCUAAGUUCCUCUCCCCUCAAACUCAAUCCUUAUCCAAAGCCGAGGUGCCUUAUUCCGGCAAAUUGGAGCCGUGCAUGCCAAUAUCAAUUGAAUCGUGA